AUGACUGAUAAAAAUGCGGUCGCAUCGGACCGUGAAAAACGGAAGGACAAGUACUCGCAGCAGUCAUUGGAUACAAGUGUCUUCGAGAGGCUAGAAGUCAUUGUUACGAAGCUGCAGGAUACGGAUAACUAUAAACCUCUUAUAGAGUUUUGCCAAAAGGGGUUUCUGAGCCAGAUCGUUCAAGCAUGGUCAUACUAUGCGCAGGUCAAUAACCAUGCAAUGUUUAGUAAAUCUACGAUCACAUUAAUGAAGACACUACGGACUUUGGAAGGUAACCCAGGUACUGUCGCGCAUGGUGGGAAUUUGAUCAAACUAAUUUUGACAGAUUAUUCAAAGGUGCUAUACCGAGGGUUGAACAAUUGUCGAGGUCAGAUAACGAAUCCGAUACUGUACCUUAUGAAGAGUAUGAUUUUGUAUGAGGAUUCUAAGUAUGUGGAAGAUUUUCUGGCUUUCUUUGAUUUUUCGCUGCCUGUUUUACCAAGGAUUCUGACACCUUCUAAAAGUGAACUGGAAAAGAAAGAAAGUAAGCAUAAACCGUUACGGUUAUCAUUCAUAGAAUUUUGGAUUACCUUGGUUAAAAAGACCCCAUCUCUCCUUCGUAAGGACCUACUCUCGGACAACUAUAAGAUAAUGGGUGCCUGGUUCAAGUACAUGGACAAAGUCGAUUCUACGGAAAUUAUGAUAAGCACCAUCUCCAUGUUCAUUGAAAGUAUUUUGCAAGAGAAAAUUUUGAAAAGAACGUCGAAGAUAAAGAUCUUGAAUGAGCUUGCAUUGACUAAAAUCCACACAUUUUACUACUCAGGUGAUAAGAAUUUGGUGACCAAAGUUAACGAUUUUUUUGUUGCUUACGGUUUUGACAGCGAGUCCUCUGUCACUUUCCCAGAUUAUUGUGUGUGGUUUGACGAGUCUCCAAUAGCUGGUAUGAAUACAUCCGUACCUAUUAUGGUCAAUCAAAGAGAAUUUAAGAUAUACAACAAAGUUCUAUUCAAUGCAUUGAGACUGUUCAAACCGUGGGAAGAUGACUUACAGUCAUCGACUGUGGUCAAAUUUUUGAAACAUACUCCCGAAUUAGUCGCGCCAUAUUGUGCAUACCUAACCUCACUUGGAUCUCACUCACCAAGAAUCACCUCGUAUUGGUUUGGUAUGACUUUAUUGCUGGGGAGAAUUAUUAAUCUGCCAAUUCCAUCAUUCAUGGAAAAUGCUGAAACGGAUAUGACCCCAUCUCCUAUGCUAGUUCUCGAAAGUAUAAUACCUUCAUCAUUGUCCAAGGCGUCUUUGACGAAGGCUUUACAAAGCGAUUCAAUUUUGAUUAAACAGAUGGCAUGCCAGCUGCUCGUUUUUACGUUCAAAAAACUCGAACUCGUGCUCGAUCUUUAUGAAAGAAAAGGCUGGAGCUCUGCUAAAUCAACGAUCAAUAAUCCAUUCCUUACCAACAUUCCGGAUCUACAGACAAUCAUCACAACGUUGAACCAAGUGUAUACCACCAACAAGAGUAACAAAGUCAUUGCUCUUUCAUUGACUUUGACUAUGGAAUACUAUGGUCGGUGUUUCCCAAACUUCUUCUCGGUGACAUUGCCUUCCUCUAACAUAUAUGUGGACAUCAUGGAAGAAAGCUCGUUCUCAGGCAUUGACUUGGCUAUACUGGAUAGUUUCUUGCAGUACCAGGAGUACAAUAAUACUCAAACGAAGUGGUGGAAUUCGCUUGACGGCAGAAACUCACUUUUCACAUCUCUAUUGAAACUGGCAUCGUCUAGCAACACAAACACGGUGGUGUCCAAUAAAAUUUCCAAAUUGUUCGAUGGAUUAUUGCACGGGUCCGUUAUAUUUAAAAAUGAUUUGUUGGCUUCUCCAAUAAUGACACUGAUAUCCAGUCUACAGUGUGUCUCUAAAGAGUCAAACCAAGAGCCAGCCUCGUUGAAUCCAAUCUGGAACUUACUUGAUCAGUCGAUCGCGCGUUGCAUAAAAACUCCUUACAAGUAUGUCACGUUGGCAGAAUCAUAUGGAAACAUAUCACCUUUCAUAAUGGCACUGAUGGAACAAUGGAAGUUUGUUGAAAAGAGUAACACAAUCCGUUAUACUUUGGCGGCAAAGUGGCUGUGCAUUUAUUUGAGAUCUUUGGGUAUUUCUGGCGAGGCACCUAGUUGUCUAAAAGAUGUUGCUGGUAACUGCCUAGAUGAUAUACCCUUCGAUCUCCUUGAUAGAUAUUUGGACUUCUCAUCCAACGAAACAAAUUUGAAAACGUUGAAUGAAGAGAAAUUUUUGAUGUCACAAAAUGUUGAAAUGUCCUUUUUCUAUUAUAUUACACUUCUGCCUUAUAGCGAAAUGAAGACAGUUUCAAGGCUACCAAUUAAUGACUUGGACGUGGCAGGUGGCAUAUUCAGGAUUCUCUCAAUCACAAACGAUGAUCAAAUCAAGAGCAAUAAAGAUUUCCAAGGAGUGAUACUUGCCCUCUUUGAACAAAUUGCAAGAUAUGUUUUAACCAAUGUCUCCUACAAACUGAUAACACCUCAGAUAUACAAACGAUUCUUUUGCAUGAUAUCAACAGCAUCAAAUAAAGAUACCGAAGGAAAGAUCAUCUUCGCUACCCAACAGUUACUUCUUAUUUUCAGAGAAUCAAUCAAUUAUGAAAAAACAGAGUUGGAAAGCUUCUUGCUUGAAUGGCUUGCCAAUACACCUGCAAAGAUGUUGGAUGAUACCUACCUCGAUUUCUUGGGUCUAGUUGUUGAGUUUUUAACUCCACAACGUGCACUAAAUCUGUUAGAAAAGGGCUUACCUUUUUCUGCCAAACUUAUUGGGGUUUUACUUUCGAGAGUGGCCAAUGACAAAGAGCUCCUUGUGGAUUUUGCAUUUGUUCAGGAAUACCUGUCUUUUGGUGAUUCUGGUUCUACCUCCAUUACUUUAAGCUUGAUUACGAAUGGCCAAGUUGCAAACUUCAGCCAGGCUGUGUUUCUAUCCAAAAUAUUGAGCGACGCUAAUUACCUUCCCGUCUUAGAGGCCUACCUGGACUCCAAAUAUUUCAGCUUUGUUCACGUCAAUGACUACCUUAAAAAAAUCACCAAUGAUGAGAUCUUAAUUACUGUUGCCAGCGGUAUUUCCGAGAAGAAGGAGAUUGAUUCAAGUGUUGGAAAAUUCAUACAAACUGUAUUAGAUGAUUGUUUGAACAAAUACAGAGAGCUAAAAGAGAAAGAUUUUCAGCGGUUUCUAUCUUUGCUUAUUGUUAAUACAGAUGUACUUUUGGCUGAUCAGCUCGAAAAUGUUCUGAAAUAUGCGAUUACAGAGUACAAUCACAAAUUUUGUGCCAACGUUAUUGAAUUAGUUGCAAAAGUGGGGAACUUUGAGACGGAUUGUACCAUCAAAUGGUUGAAUAAAAUGGCCCUAUACGUCACCAAAAUAUUUUCCGAGAGAGCUCAACUAUCUGAUGCUCUUUCCAAGGUAUUAUGCGCAUUUGAGCGGCUAAUUUGUACAAUCGACGUCUGGGAUGUCGUAAAUCACAAUAUUAUAAAUUCUCAAUUGGAGGUUAUUUUUGGGAGUCACUGGAUCAAUGACGAAAGGGUAAUGAAGUAUGCAUUGCUAUUAACAUUGAAGGGGAACAAGAGUAGAACUCACUGCGAAAAGAUGAUUCAGUUGAUGCUAAACAACGAAGCUGCUCUAAUCAACAAGAACUGUUCUGGUCGUUACUUGACGUACCUAAUAGUAGUAUGCUUGGCCACCUUAUUUCGCAUGGAUCCUCAUGCUUGUUCCACGAGCAUCAUACAGUCAAAAAUACUUUCGUACUACUCGGGAACAAUAUCAGCGAGUGAUAAAAUCCUCUUCCAAAUUCUGGAAGCUAUUGAGUCCGAAAACUCUGUUUCUUGGACGAACAUGGUUUACACCUGGGACGUGCUAGGAAACGGGGACGAAACGUUAGAUUUUAAUGAAGAUGUGAAGCUUUUGACGCAGGAAAAAGAGGGUUUCAUAUUGACAUUGAGGGAGGACUAUAUCGAGAAUUCUAUUCGGAAUUAUGUUAUCGAUCGCCGUAAGCCUCCGAGACUUGCAGAAGCUAAUACAAAUAUUGAAAUUUGGGACAAAUACUCCGCGUUCUUUGACAAUUCUGAGGUUACUCUGAAAACAACGAAUAAUAAACCUGUCUACGAUCCAUUAUUUCUGAUGUUGAUAAUCCCGCACAAUAAGGAGUUAGUCAAUUAUUCUAAGGGCGAAGAUAAUGAAAUCACACAUUCUCUUAAUGUGAAAAACCUGGUCCAAGCGAAAUUGCUUCACGUAAUAAUUUGUUCUUUGGGUGACAAGGAUGCUCAAACUGUAAAAGUUGCAUUGAUCAUGCUAUCCGAGGCAUUGAAAUCCUUGGAUGCGAAUCUUCAGUUCAAAGACGGGAACAUCUUCAGAAUACUGUUGAAAAAAAUUCUGUUUACCCACGAUCAAAUGGAGUCGAAUAAGGAUGUUUAUCAGCACAAAGUCACACCCUUAAUGUGGUUUUUUGUCACUGCAGUGACUGAGUUAUUGACUCAGCCAGCUGAUCCACUAUACGAAAAGGCGUUCCGUUGGAUUCUGAGCGGUCCCCUGGUGAGACCUAAUGACAUUCCUCUGUUCCAAGAAUUAAUAUCCCCUAAGCACUCAGAUGCCGACUACGAAGUUUAUUACAGGCAAUUGUCUUGGUUGUUAGAGACCUUCGAAUCGAGCAUAAAAUGCGAGGAUGACCUGAACUUGUUGAAAAGUAAAGGUUUCGUUGACUGGUUACUUAACUUGUUGCAAGUACCGUACCUGAAUGCAAGGUUAGUCUCUCUCAUCAAUCAGAUCAUAUAUAGAUGCCAACGGAUCGAGAAUGGUGGUCCAACCUUGAUAACGAGAUUUGGCGGUAUCUCUAAUUUGGAAAUGAGCUUUAUUUCCGACAAGGAUCGGCUGUCCCAAGCAGAGUCCCGUCUGGUCAAGAAUGAUAAGAACCCAAGAAACCAGAAAUUUAAGUGCAUCCUAGAAGAAAAGCUGUUGAACACGAAAGAACUUUUGGCAGGUUAUACAGAAAUUGUCAAUUCUCGAAAGAGAUUGAGAGAUUGGACGGAAAACGACUCUAGUAAUAUUGCCAAGAGGUUCUGUGGCUCCUCCAUUCAAUAA